GUACAUCAUCAAUUUGUUGAGGAAUUUGUGCAAGAUGCGGAAACCAUAGUCUUGUUGAUGGUCGUUUACAGCAAUGACAAGUCGGAAGUUUGCUUUCUGUACCAGGAUGAGCGAUGUCUUGUAUUGAAAUCGAUGGAUAUACUUGGAAUAAAGCAUACGUCGAUAGAUCUUCCUGUACAAUCCAGACAGCUUUUUCUGGAUAUAGAAGUUGGCCACAGUAUAUGCAAGGAAGACAAGGGAAUUGAUUAUAGUGGUCAUCAAAUAAUUGUAAAAGUUUUUUCUGAAGACGCCGAGAUGGUUUCCAUACAGGAAUGGUGGAAAUAG